AUGGCUGCUAAGUUGACAUUCCUCGAGCACCAGGGAAAAAUUGGAGUUAAGUUUAAUGUUGGGACAGAUGACAUCGCCAUUGAAGAGUCCAAUGCAAUCAUUAAUGAUGGGAAAUACCAUGUAGUUCGUUUCACGAGGAGUGGUGGCAAUGCCACGUUACAGGUGGACAGCUGGCCAGUGAUCGAGCGCUACCCUGCAGGAAACAAUGAUAACGAGCGCCUGGCGAUUGCUAGACAGCGAAUUCCAUAUCGACUUGGUCGAGUAGUUGAUGAAUGGCUACUCGACAAAGGGCGUCAGCUCACAAUCUUCAAUAGCCAAGCAACCAUAAUAAUUGGCGGGAAAGAGCAGGGCCAGCCCUUCCAGGGCCAGCUCUCUGGGCUUUACUACAAUGGCUUGAAAGUUCUGAAUAUGGCAGCCGAAAACGAUGCCAACAUCGCCAUAGUGGGAAAUGUGAGACUGGUUGGUGAAGUGCCUUCCUCUAUGACAACUGAGUCGACAGCCACUGCCAUGCAAUCAGAGAUGUCCACAUCAAUUAUGGAGACUACCACGACCCUGGCUACUAGCACAGCCAGAAGAGGAAAGCCCCCGACAAAAGAACCCAUUAGCCAGACCACAGAUGACAUCCUUGUGGCCUCAGCAGAGUGUCCCAGUGAUGAUGAGGACAUUGACCCCUGUGAGCCGAGCUCAGGUGGGUUAGCCAACCCAACCCGAGCAGGCGGCAGAGAGCCGUACCCAGGCUCAGCAGAAGUGAUCCGGGAGUCCAGCAGCACCACGGGUAUGGUCGUUGGGAUAGUAGCUGCUGCCGCCCUGUGCAUCCUUAUCCUCCUCUAUGCCAUGUACAAGUACAGAAACCGGGAUGAAGGCUCAUACCAUGUGGACGAGAGUCGAAACUACAUCAGUAACUCAGCGCAGUCCAAUGGGGCUGUCGUAAAGGAGAAACAACCCAGCAGUGCGAAAAGCGCCAACAAAAAUAAGAAAAACAAGGAUAAAGAGUAUUACGUCUGAUCCCAAGAUCUUAAAUGGACACUUGUAUAGAAAUAGUCUUCAUUUUAUCUGAGACAUAAUAUAAACUUAUUUACUUUCCUUUUUAUGAAGCACAUACAAAAGAAGACAGGGAAUGCAAUCAGGAAGGAAAGACUUUUUAAAAAAUAAAAACAAGUAUCUCAUGCUCUUGUUUCUCAAAAAA